CUUCAUAUAGCCAGCCGUCUCGAAAGGUCUUCUCCUCGUUUCUAAUAGAACAUUUGGCGAAGGAAGAAGACGAAAAAUGGGAAAGCAGCCGGUGAAAUUGAAGGCGGUGGUUUACGCGUUGUCACCGUUUCAGCAGAAGAUCAUGACCGGUCUAUGGAAGGAUCUGCCGGAGAAGAUCCACCACAAGGUCUCUGAGAAUUGGAUCAGCACUAUUCUCCUCCUCGCUCCCGUCAUCGGAACCUACUCGUAUGCUCAACACUACAUGGAAAAGGAGAAGCUGGAGCACAGGUUCUAAGCAUGGAGAUGUUCUGACUACACAAGAAUACCCAUUUCUUUCUUCAUUUUUCAGUUUCCAAAAGACUGUUUUCGAAACACUCGCGGAAAAGUUGUUUCCUUGCGUUUUUGGUUGAAUAAAUUUUGUUUAUUUUGUAAACAAUGCCCUGAAGGUUUGAUCUCCAGAAUGGCUAUUUAGUUUGUUGAAUAAAGUUUCUGAAAGACAUGA